CCACCAAACCCUACUUCGAUUAUUGGGACGUGACAGCAUCCUCCUCCACUUCCCUAAGAAACCGAUUCUGCUGGAGCAGAGAUCCUUCAGUUGACGAAUCCAGCGGCGGCCGGUGAGAUUCUGCUUGUUUUGAAGCAAUUUCUUAGAGCGCUUCCACCACAGGAAUCUAGCGCACUUUCUAUGGUAUUUUUGUCCUAGUUUCCUCCUCCGAUCUAUUGUGCUGGAUUGAAAAGAUCGAUGAUGAAAAACAAGCGCCGGCUGGUGAGAGGCGAUGAAGAGCAACGCCCUUACAAAAGGGUAGCUAGGCCAACGAGAUUGGACAGCUCGAGUGAAUCCAGUCCAGGCGCCCUGAGUGAACUCAGUGAGCAAGUAGUUUCAAGAUUGCGUAGGAGUGUCGUGUCGCUUGCUUCGUUCGAUGGUGAUACCAAGUUACGUGAAUGCACAGGCAUGUGCAUUGAAACCUCAUGUUCUGAUUCUGAAGCUACAAUCCUGACAUCCAGACGGCUGAUUCCACCUACUCACCCAGCUGCAAGUUUGAAUAUUAAAGUACGCCUUCCGAAUGAUCGGAUUGUCACUGGGUGGAUAGAGGAUCCUAAGAUAUAUGUUGAUUUUUUCAUUGUCAACAUCAAGAAUGUGUCUGGUGUUGAUGCCGCAAGUCUGGACCGUGACAUGCAGUUUGAGCCUCAUACGAAGGUAGCAGCUGUAUGCCGCUGUUUCUGUUCUGGAUUUUUAACAGCCACAAGUGGACUAAAUCUUUCCUGUCCAACCAGUGAGACAAUCGUAAGCACGUGCCGGAUACACAAGGCGGGGAUUGGAGGCCCCCUUGUUGAUUUUGAUGGCAACUUUGUCGGGAUGAACUCCUCUCGUACCAAAAUGGAGAAGACUGCUUACGUGCGAAGGGAGGGCAUUUUCCGAUUCUUAGUGCUUCACGGGAAGGUCAGUGUUAGAGUUAAGGAAGGGUUUGAUGAUGCUUCAACUGCAAGAAUGAGCAGUGAGAUGAAAGCAAUUAGGCCAAGUUUGAGUGCUAAGUCCAUAGCGAACUUGAAUAAAUCCAGAAAAGGCGCCUUGAGUGAGCAAGUACUUUCCAGAUUAAGCAUGAGUGUUGUGGCGCUGACCUCAUUCGAUGGUGAUACCAAAUUACGUGAAUGCACAGGCACAUGCAUCGAAAGCUCAUGUCCUGAUGCCACGUGUUUCCUGACAUCGAUAAAUUUGAUUCCGUAUACUUGCCCUAGAAGGAAGAUCAGUGAAAGUUUGACGAUUAAAGUACGCCUUCCCGAUGAUCAGAUUGUCACUGGGUGGAUAGAGAAUCCUGAGUUAUAUGUUCAUUUUUUCAUCGUCAAAAUCAAGAACGUUGAUGUUAUUGAUCCCACCCAUCUAUAUCAUCUAAGUCUUGAUCGUGCCACGCAGUUUGAGCCUUAUAGGAAGGUAGCAGCUGUAUGGCGCUAUUAUGAUUCAGGAGAAUUAAAGACCAGAAGCGGAGUAGAUCUUGCCUCUGUAUUUGCUCGUACCAAUGAGAGGAUGUUAAGCACAUGCCGAAUCCAUGAGGUGGGGAUUGGAGGUCCCCUUGUUGAUUUUGAUGGCAACUUUGUUGGGAUGAACUACUCUGCUACCAAAGAACGAAAGACCCCCUACGUACGAAGGCCUUCAAUUCGUGAAUUCAUGUGGUUUCGCGGGAUGGUCAGUGUUAAGGAAGAGGUUGACGAAGCUGCAAGUGCAAGAAUUAAAAUUCGUUUUGGAGACCCAGGUCUCCUCAUGGCUGCAGGUGAGCAAAUUUAUUUCAUAGGAUAUUGGCUGUAAGGCCAGAAUGAGACAGCCCUGGACCCAAGAGGCGUGGCUGUCCCUUUGACAGCCGUUGAACCACAGGGCGGAAGAGGAGACGGGAAGUUAGAUUGUGUUCCUAUACUGGGUCCAUGGUCAUUGAUCAAGCUUUAUGGGAGAUUAUGGGGAUCCUAUCCACUAAUUGGGUGUGUGGUCAUAUACUGUUAGUACAUAGCAAAAACAUACUGACUGAUUAGUACUGG